AUGUACAAACUGAUCGUAUUCACUGCUUUCUUGGCUGUAGCCGCCGCAGCCCCUGGUUUAUACGGUGCUCCUCUCGCUUCCCCAUGGGGCCAUGGUAUCGGCGUAGCCCCCGUGGUCAGCGCCCCGAUAGUGAGGACUGCUGUUCCUGUUGCCACCUCAUACGCCAACACUGUUAGAAUCGCCGGUCCAGCUCUCGCAGUAGCCCACGCUCCCGUCGUAGCCGCCCAUGGUCCAGUUUUAGCCGCACCUUUCGCCCACGGAUGGUAA